CUCCGAAAUGCCAUCGGCAUCGCCCAGCAUCCUCGUCAAGAACAUUCCGUAUCGCAUGGCGACAUGGACGUCCAUCAAUCUCAACUGGUUCUUCUUCAACGACGUCUAUUGCAUGCAGCUGUGCAACCAGAGCUUGAUCGUCAACACGACCAACGACUUUCGAUCAGCGCCUCCCUGCGUGCUCUCGAGUACGAGCGACUUUGCGGGCCUCCUAGGACUCAACAACUUUGGCACCGACUACAUCAACCAAACGGGUCUCGUCUACUAUGAGAUUGGCCCGUUCCUCUCGAUUGACGCUCUCUACAUUGAAAUACCAUCGGUGGUCUCGGCUGCCCACACUGCAUUCCAAAAGUAUCUCUUUGAGCAACUGGCAGAUUCGCACCACUGGAAGACGUUCCUCCAGCUACCGACGCUCACGGUCAACCCGACGCCGCCGACGUGGCAAGGUCCUGGAAUGCUCUACUACGGCGGCAACCUCCUCUGUUUGUAUGGUGCGCCGCAAACGUAUGUGCAGACCAUGUUUAGCUUUUACGACAACUGCGACCGCCAAGUCCCUGCCGAGCUCGAAUUAUCAGCUCCGACCCUUUUGUUUGCCUUGGCCAUGACACUGGCAGUAGCUCCGGCUUGGAAUGUAUCGGCGAUCUGCGCGCUCCAGACGUCAGCGUUCGACUGCACUGCUGUGCUGUCCUCGGGCAUUUCGCUUCUGAGCAAAUUCUUGCCGAUGGACACGGCGCUGCUACGAGCUGCCCACCAGUCUCUACUGACGCUCGACCUGAGCCUCUUUCAAUUUGCGACCAGCGGCAGUCAGUGGACCAUCCUCACCGAAGCGCUCGUGAACCCUGCGUCGGCACACGUCUUUUUUGGCUACGGCUAUGUCGCCGACUGGGUCAUUGGAUCGCGCGAGGCCGUCUCGUUCGAGGGCGACGCCGGCAUCUUCCCGCUCAUCUCGUCCGUGUACGCGCCGUAUGCGAUGAGCAGCGCGCAGUCAUCGCUCUCGACGGCGACGAGCCUCAUCUUGUACUCGAUCUACUACUCGAGCGCCGUGUUUGUGGCCGUGGCGCUGCUUUGUUUUGGCUACGGCCUCGUGCACUGGCGCCAUCUCGACGGUGCCACCCUCUGGCACUUUCAUCGGCUCGUCGGCGCGGUCUGGCGCUCUUGGUGUUGA